CGCGAACGGGCGCAUUUUGGGUGAUAGCCCAACGGAGAGAGAGUCCAUUGCUAUUUUAGUCUCCCUCGAAUGACUUCAAUACAAGCUUUCACAGGUAUCGUCUGUCGGUCGAAGCGCCACUGUCUUCCAAUUCUGCCCGCCAAGAACCCACUCGUCAUGAGUGUACGUCACCCUGCGAAACCACCGACAUGAAUAAUUGACGGGUCAAUUGGCGACCACCACGGUUUGUAUGGCCAUGCAUGCCACAUCUCGCAUAGAUUUUGUCGGCAUUCAGCACGGCGCACAGUAUGAUCGGCAGCAUGCAGGUGAUGAUUCCCGCCGUCAGUCUCCGCCGACGUACUGUACACAACACUACACAGUACGUUUCUCGGCUAUCUCGUGCAACCCGUCCUCACAUGCUGCUUUCGUCCACCGCCAGAGUCAACAUUCCGCGCCACCCUGUUUGUUGACCGCGUACACGCGUCUUCCAGCAGCGACACGUCUCUGCUCCAGAGGCGACGAUUUUUGUCCAGGAAAAUUUCUGGGGGACUUUGUUGUGAACUUAUGGAUGUGUAUGGAGUACGCCCUUGGUCCAAGCCUACUCGGGAGGUUGACAGCUUACUGGUGGGGCAGAUCAACUCAAAGCUUGGAGGGAAUAUCCUUGCUUGCAUUCCUGACUACACUAGCCUCACCCAACGAAAAGGUCCAUCAUGGCUACACUUAUGAAAUGAGCUAUGAAGCCGUGUCGGAGGGACCCGUGCUCUCCCAUGCGCUUCCCCAUCAGCGGCUUCGACAUUGUCCCUCCAUCGGAAGUGCUUGAGGAGAAGCGAUUCGAGCAUUUGGACAUGCCAAAGGGCCUCAGAUCGUCUCUGUAGGCCUACAUAUUGCUUCACAGCUCAGACCUGAGAAUGACAAGAUGGGGAAGACAGGCAGCAACAUCUCUCUCCCCGUCGGCGCCCCUUUCUGCACGCUUAAGCAACUGUAAGCCAACAGCCAUAGCAAAGAUCUUCAUCCUAGCUCUUUGCGAAUCUCGCUUCCAUCGGUUUUUCAAUCUAAACUUUCUUCAGCUCAACUCGAGUGCUACCUUGAGGCAGCUCCGCUGUCACACGACCCCAUUCAUCAACAGUAGUCUGAACCGGAAAAGAC